UCGCGUUAAAACAGCUUAAAUUCACCAAAACACGAAAAAAUAAGACGCAGAUGGAAGUGUGGUUAAAUUCCCAACGUAAAUAGUUAUCAGUGCUUCCUGUCUAAAAAUAAAAUAGUCAACCUGAAACUUGACAGCUCGUGUCGAAGGUUUAAAAGUGUCAAAAAAAAAGAACCGUUUAUGGAUAAUUAGUAAUUGCCCCUGAACGCACCAUUGGUUGCGUUAAAACAGCUUAAAUUCACCAAAACACGAAUAAAUAAGACUCAUAGGGAAGUGUGUGUUUAAAUUCCUAACGUAAAUAGUUAUCACUGCUUCCUAUCUUACAAAUAAAAUAUUCAACCUGAAACUUGACAGCUCGUAUCGAAGGUUUAAGUGUCAAAAAAAAAAGAACUGUUCAUGGAUAAUUAGUAAUUGCCCCUGAACGCACCAUUGGUUGCGUUAAAACAGCUUAAAUUCACCAAAACACGAAUAAAUAAGACGCAUAGGGAAGUGUGUGUUUAAAUUCCCAACGUAAAUAGUUAUCACUGCUUCCUAUCUUACAAAUAAAAUAGCCAAUCUGAAACUUGACAGCUCGUGUCGACGGUUUAAAAGUGUCAAAAAAAAAAGAAUCGUUGAUGGAUAAUUAGUAAUUGCCCCUGAACGCAUCAUUGGUUGCAGGCACUCGCGUUAAAACAGCUUAAAUUCACCAAAACAGGAAUAAAUAAGACUCAGGGGGAAGUGGUCUAAAAGGGAGGAUCCUGUCCUGUUUUUGAGUCUUUGGGCUACUUUUCCUCCACCACCACCACCCUCCGCCUUUCCCCUGCCAGCCAGUCAUGGACCCCCCGAGGACAAGAUCUCGCUCUCGGUCAGGCUACUACCAUUUCCCGAUGAACACCCCUGGAAGCAACAACGGCGGGAACACGCUCGGUAACGGGAGCUUGGUGAACGCCGCCGGUGGAGGGGCGAUGAGCUACCCGCAGCAGAGCACCGCGGGCUGGCCACCGCACCACAGCGGCCGAGGCUACCCGGAGAACCCGCAGCAGCAGCAGCCCGUGAGCUUCCUGUCCUCCGGGCCACAGCGGCUUGUCGCUCACCGGCACCCUGGAACUGGAGGAGUUCUACAUUUCCAUGCAGAUAAUGUGUUCAGUGAGGAUCGAGACAAAAUGGAAGACAGCCCAAGCCCAAAAAGGCAGCGCCUUUCCCAGCAGUCCUUUUUAGAGCUAAGCUCUGCCCCUCCUUCCACCCCGUCCUCUCCCAUUCGCCCCUGGGAGCUUCCUCCCAGUCGCAGACCACAUACCCACUACGCACCGGAGAGAUGUCACACGCCUGUGCGCAAUCGACGAAGCCCUCCAAUGCGGCGCCCUCGUGGCAGAAGAGAGCGCCUGACGCGCCACCACCACACACACAGCCAUCACCACCACCCCCACCACCAUUACAACAGCAACAACAACCAUCACCAGCACCAUCACCACCUGCACGCCCACCAUGGCGGCCUGCCAUCAGUAGGCCACCAGGAUGAGAACUACCGCCACCAAGCCCCGCCUCAGGGCUACCAGCCCUACGGCCAGCAGAGCCCCAGAGGGCCGGGGAUGGAGGAGCGCCAAGGCUACCAUCCCCCGAACCCCUCCCCCAGGCCUCUUCAUCCCUCGUCAAACCUGUCGCCACGUCUCCUGCACCCCGCGGCACAUCCGCAGCAACCCCACCCGUCGCAGCAGCAGCAGAACGGCGGGGUGCUGGAACUCCAAGAGCAGGUGAACGGUUCAGCUCCGGUUUCAUACCCCGUGUCUCUCUCGGGGGCUCCACCUGGCCUGCCGCCCCGUUCAGCCUCGCAACAAAUCCCAGCAUGCUCUGUAGUCUUCAGUGGACAGCAUUACCCCGUCUGCAGCGUCCCUCCUCCUGUCUUGCAGACGUGCUCCGUGCAGCACCUUCCUAUUCCCUACCCCUUCCCCUCUCUGCUGUCCAGUGACCCCACCUUCCUCCUGCCUCCUCCCCACCUCCCUCAUCCUCCCACACACCUCUCCCACCAUGCACCUCACCUGCCGCAACCUGGCCAGUUUGGACCCUACACGACACAGCAGGCCCGAUCACCAUUACAGAGGAUAGAGAACGACGUGGAGCUGCUGGGAGAACACCUGUCUUUGGGCGCGGGGCUCCACUACCCCCCUGCCACCCACCCGGCCCUCACCCCACACUCCACUCAGCUCCACUUCCUCUCCCAUGAGCCCCUGCCUCAGGAGUUCUUUGGAGUGUCCUACCCGAACUUCAUCUCUCGCCGUCUGGCCGGGCGACGGUACCGCUCGCAACAGCCACUACCCCCUUCGCCUUACCACCCCAGCCUCCUGCCUUACUUCCUAUCCAUGCUGCCAGUCCAGCCCACUGGUCCUGCAAUCAGUCUGGAGUUGGAUGUGGACGAUGGAGAGGUUGAAAAUUAUGAGGCUCUCCUCAAUCUCGCUGAGCGUCUCGGUGAGGCCAAACUGCGAGGUCUGACCAAGGGAGACAUCGAGCAGCUUCCAUCUUAUCGCUUCAACCCAAAUAACCACCAGUCGGAACAAACACUCUGCGUGGUGUGUAUGAGUGACUUUGAGUCUCGACAACUGCUGCGAGUUCUCCCCUGCAGCCACGAGUUCCACGGCAAGUGUGUGGACAAGUGGCUGAGGGCCAAUCGGACGUGUCCCAUCUGCCGAGCCGACGCCUCAGAGGUUCAGAGAGACUCUGAAUGAUCACACUCCGAUAUAGAAUGUCUUAGACAUGUUCAGCACUGCCUGGCUCAUCUCUUUUGACAUGAGCAUCAUUGCAGACACACAUCACUUCCUGAGCAUACUCCUCCUCAUUGUGUGUGUGUGUGUGUGUGUCACAUACAACUUCUCAUGAGUGAGUGAUUCUAUUCUUCUUUCAUGCACUAUUUGUCUUUAUGUACAUACAGUAUUCAGUGUGUGUUAUGAAAUUAACUCCUCUUCCUGUACGUUGACAUGAAGGGUCCACUCCCCACACUAUUCUUCUCAGUUAACCUAUCUAAUCAGUGUGUUUCUGUCUAUAAAGCUGAUAAUGAAUGGGCAACUUUUUUCCUUUUUAUACCGCGAGUGUGAUAGUCCUGCCUGGCAUUUACCUCAUUCCUGUCUUAACUUGUUACUAGCACUUCACAGCACUCAUUCAAAACUAAGCACAUAUAUAUAUAUAUAUUUGGGUCCCUUUUAUUUUCUUAGUUUGUGACUUUGCAGUGGCACAUGAUAUAUAAAUAUAUCUAUAUAUAUAUAUACUGUAUAAAUGUAUGAAUCUGUAUACCAAAUAAAAAGCUUGAUAUGAA